UCCCUCCCUCCCCUCCCCCGCCGGCGCGAGCGCUGUGGUGAAGCCGCCGCAUUGUUUGUGCCGAGGGGGGGAGGAGGAGGGGAAGAUUCUCGGCCACGGGCGCCUCCGCACCCAACCCGCAGCCGGACUGCGGCCCUUGGCGACGCGCUCCGCCUCCCGCCCCGAAUGCGUCGCUGCAGCCGGAUCCAGCAACCACCACCCCCUCCGCCGCCGCCACAACCAGGAGCUCGCGGGCGGCCGCGACGGCGCGGGCUAUCCGCUGCCGCCUCGGUCUCCGUCCCGCCGGGCGCUAACAGCCGGAGGAGCCCCUCGGGCCCACCGAUAGUUCAGACCCCAGCUCGUUGUCUCGAGUGAAAAAAGAGGAGGGCCUGUCAGCCGCGUCCUUGCGGCUCCCUCAGGUAAUCAUUACCAAAUGAGGAGGAAAGGAAGAUGUCAUCGAGUAUCUUCAGCACGGCAUUCUUCUUCUCCAUGCAGUAUUAAACGGUCCCCUACAAGAGAAACCUUAACCUAUGCCCAAGCGCAAAGGAUGGUAGAAAUAGAAAUUGAAGGUCGCUUACACCGAAUCAGUAUCUUUGAACCCUUAGAGAUUAUAUUGGAAGAUGAUCUUACAGCCCAAGAAUUAAGUGAAUGCAACAGCAAUAAAGAAAAUAGUGAGAGGCCACUAAUCUGUCUGAGAGCAAAGAGGCACAGAAACAAUAAAGUUAAAAAGAAAAGUGAAACUCUUCCAAACACACAUAGCAUUCCACCCACUGCAAGUACUCUUCCAGAACCAAAAGUGCAUGUUGUUGAAUAUAGCCCACCUUCUGCACCUCGUAGACCUCCGACUUACUAUAAAUUCAUUGAAAAGUCCUCAGAAGAACUAGAUAAUGAAGUGGAAUACGAUAUGGAUGAAGAAGAUUAUGCAUGGUUAGAAAUAAUCAACGAGAAGCGAAAAAGUGAUGGAGUCUCGGUUGUAUCACAAAAUAUGUUUGAAUUUCUUAUGGACCGUUUUGAAAAAGAGUCUUACUGCGAGACUCAAAAACAGGGUGAACAUCAGUCUUUAAUUGACGAAGAUGCAGUUUGUUGUAUUUGCAUGGAUGGAGAAUGUCAGAACAGCAAUGUGAUUCUUUUUUGUGACAUGUGUAAUUUAGCUGUGCAUCAGGAGUGUUACGGGGUGCCAUAUAUACCUGAGGGCCAGUGGCUUUGCAGACAAUGUCUGCAAUCCCGUUCAAGGCCUGUAGACUGUGUAUUGUGUCCAAACAAAGGAGGUGCCUUUAAAAAGACUGACGACGAUCGGUGGGGACAUGUUGUGUGUGCUCUUUGGAUUCCAGAGGUUGGAUUUGCCAAUACAGUUUUUAUUGAGCCAAUAGAUGGAGUCAAAAACAUUCCCCCUGCCCGAUGGAAGUUAACAUGCUACCUCUGUAAACAGAAAGGUGUUGGUGCCUGUAUUCAGUGCCACAAAGCAAACUGUUACACAGCAUUCCAUGUUACAUGCGCUCAAAAAGCUGGUUUGUAUAUGAAAAUGGAACCCGUGAAAGAAUUAACUGGUGGAGGCACAACAUUCUCAGUGAAAAAAACUGCAUAUUGUGAUAUACAUACACCACCAGGAUCUGUUCGGAGGCCUCUGAAUAUUUAUGGAGAAACUGAAAUGAAAAAUGGCCUCUACCGAAAGGAGGGCAUGGCCAAAACCAGGUCUACAUCAAGGUUCAGAAAAAAAGCUAAAAAGUCAAAGAAAACACUAACUGAAACAUGUGCAGUUAUGCCUGCAGUAUCUGCUCCCUGUAUCCCUCCCCAGAGAUUAAAUAAAAUUAUGAAUCAGGUGGCAAUUCAGCGAAAGAAGCAAUUUGUAGAAAGAGUCCAUAGUUAUUGGCUACUUAAAAGAUUGUCCAGAAAUGGUGUUCCUUUAUUGAGAAGACUACAGUCCAGCCUGCAGUCACAAAGAAACACACAACAGAGGGAAGAUGAUGAAGAAACACAAGCCUUAAAAGAGAAAUUGAAGUACUGGCAAAGACUCCGUCAUGAUCUUGAAAGAGCACGGUUGUUGAUAGAGCUUAUACGAAAACGAGAAAAAUUAAAAAGAGAACAGAUCAAAGUGGAACAGGUUGCCAUGGAGCUUCAACUGACUCCAUUUACUGUAUUAAUGCGUUCAGUACUGGACCAGCUACAAGAAAAGGAUUCUACUCGUAUAUUUGCUCAACCAGUGAAUCUUAAAGAGGUUCCUGAUUAUUUGGAUCACAUCAAACAUCCCAUGGAUUUUUCUACUAUGAGAAAACGGUUAGAUGGCCAAGGUUAUAAAAAUAUCGAUGAGUUUGAAGAAGAUUUCAACCUUAUUAUUGAGAACUGUCUGAAGUACAAUGCAAAAGACACAAUAUUCUACAGGGCUGCGGUGCGGUUAAGAGAUCAAGGAGGUGUUGUUUUAAGACAAGCUAGAAGAGAUGCUGAAGCAAUUGGAUAUAAUAAUGAAACUGGAAUGCACUUACCUGAACGGCCGAAACUUGAAUCUCCUCCACCUUUUACCUGGGAAGAUGUGGAUAGGUUACUGAAUCCUGCCAACAGAGUGCACAUGUCUUUGGAAGAGCAGCUGAAAGAAUUGUUGGAAAAACUUGAUCUCACUUGUGCAAUGAAAUCCAGCGGGUCUCGGAGCAAACGAGCAAAGCUUCUAAAAAAGGAAAUUAACUUGAUUCGCAGCAAGAUAAGUCAGCAACAUCAUCAGUCCCCUCAAAUUGAAUCAGGUAUUGGAAGUUUUGAAGAAGAAAAUGCGGUAGUGGAACACGAAAGUGAAGAAGAAGGAGAUAAAUCUCCCCCUAAACUUGAACCAUCAGAUGCAUUACCUCUUCCUUCAAACUCGGAGACUAAUUCAGAGCCACCAACCCUCAAACCAGUAGAACUCAAUCCAGAGCAGAAUAAAUUUUACAAAAGAGUAAAAUUUGACAAUGAAUUGUGUAGUACUUCCAUUGAGAAAGAAAUAAACGGACACACUCCAGAACAUUUACUUGACAGUAAUCUCAGUGAGUCGACUGUUUCUGCUGUAGCUGAGUCAUCAACUGAUGUAAACAGACGUACAUCAAUUCUCUUCUGCAAAUCGAAAAGUGUAAGCCCCCCAAAGUCUGCAAAGAACACUGAAACCCAGCCAACUUCUCCACAGCUAGGGACCAAAACCUUUUUGUCUGUAGUCCUUCCAAGGUUGGAGACACUACUGCAGCCCAGGAAAAGAUCAAGGAGUGCAUGUGGAGAUUCUGAGGUGGAUGAUGAGUCCCCUGUAAAGCGUCUGGAUACAGGCCUUUCAAAUGGUUUUGGAGAUGGCAAUAAAGAAUCAGAAAUACAUGACACUCCAGGAAGAAAAGUUGAACCUCGUCGCCGUUGUGCAUCAGAGUCUAGCAUAUCUUCAAGCAACAGUCUGUUGUGUAACUCAAGUUUUAGCCGGCCAAAAUGUGGAAAAGGUAAACCAGCGCUAAUACGAAGGCACACCUUAGAAGACAGAAGUGAGUUGAUAUCAUGCAUUGAAAAUGGAAACUACGCAAAAGCAGCAAGAAUUGCAGCUGAAGUUGGACACAAUAACAUGUGGAUUUCAACGGAUGCUUCCAAUUCUGUCCUUGAACCUCUAAAAGUUGUGUGGGCCAAAUGUAGUGGCUAUCCUUCCUAUCCAGCACUGAUAAUUGAUCCUAAAAUGCCUCGUGUUGCUGGUCAUCACAAUGGUGUUACAAUACCAGUGCCACCCCUUGAUGUACUGAAAAUUGGUGAACAAAUGCAGACCAAAUCAGAUGAAAAACUUUUUUUGGUUUUAUUUUUUGAUAAUAAAAGAAGCUGGCAGUGGCUUCCAAAAUCCAAAAUGAUUCCACUUGGGAUCGACGAAACAAUAGAUAAAUUAAAAAUGAUGGAAGGUCGAAACUCAAGUAUUCGUAAAGCUGUAAGAGUUGCAUUUGAUCGUGCUAUGAACCAUUUAAGUAGAGUUCAUGGAGAGCCAGUCAGUGACUUCAGUGAUAUUGACUAA